ACUGCUCGCAAAUUAUUGCAAGCUGAGAAAAUAAGCAAAAACCAUUACUGUGCCUUUGUAGCUGUUUAUCUUGUUGCUUAUCAAUUUUUUGCAAACCAUGGCCAGCUGUAGUGGAGACUCACGACUGAUACAGUUCUUCAACUGCCGUUUGGUGCGAGAUCAUCGCCUGGUCGAGGAAGAUCUUUGGGUGCGAAAUGGCAAAAUUAUCAAUCCCGAGCCCAUCUUUUUCGACGAACGCUGCAAGGCACAUACUUUGAUUAACUGCGAGGGCGCUAUAAUAGCGCCGGGCUACAUAGAUCUGCAAAUUAAUGGUGGCUAUGGCGUUGAUUUCUCCUAUGACAAAGACACCACAGAGCAGGGCGUACAAAAGGUGGCCAGAGGCUUGGUCAAGAGCGGCGUCACCUCUUUCUGUCCAACGCUGGUGACGUCACCGAACGAUACUUACCACACCAUACUGCCACGCAUACCAAUGCACACAGACCGCGGCGCCGGCGUACUGGGCGUGCACGUCGAGGGUCCGUUUAUAAAUCCACAAAAGAAGGGCGCACAUCCCGAGCACUGCAUACAGAGCAUAGACAAUGGCUUGGAAACGCUCUGCGAAACUUAUGGCUCGCUGGAGCGCAUUAAGAUCAUAACGCUGGCGCCGGAGCAGGUCAAGGAGCUGGCAGUGAUAAGCGAACUGGUGGAGGCGGGCAUUGUCGUCUCGCUGGGCCACUCCAUGGCCAGUCUAAGUGAUGGCGAGCGUGCUGUCCAGCAUGGCGCCUCACUGAUAACGCAUUUGUUCAAUGCUAUGCUGCCGUUUCAUCAUCGCGAUCCCGGACUGGUGGGUCUGCUUGCCUCGGAUGCCAUACCGGCGGAUCGAACCGUUUACUUUGGCAUCAUUGCCGAUGGCGUGCACACGCAUCCCGCCGCGCUACGCAUUGCAUAUCGCACGCACUGCCAGGGAUUAAUACUGGUGACCGAUGCCAUAUCGGCGCUGGGUCUGGAGGAUGGCAUUCAUCAUAUUGGACAGCUGCCGCUGGAGGUGAAGCAGGGCAAAGCGUUUGUAGCCGGCAGCGAUACGCUCUGCGGCAGCAUUGCGCCCAUGGAUGAGUGUGUGCGAAUCUUUCAACGCGCCACAGGCUGCUCUCAGGUGUUUGCCAUUGAGGCGGCGUCGCUGCAUCCGGCGCGCUGCCUGCGCAUUGAAGCCGAGAAGGGCACUUUGGACUUUGGCUCCGAUGCCGAUUUUAUAUUCUUGAACGAUGAGCUAGAAGUGCUCGCCACCUGGAUCGGGGGCGUCUGUGUGCAUGCAAAGUAAAACUCUCCGCCUAAAAUGUUCUAAAGCAAAACAUUUGAUUAAUGUUUUUACUAUUUGUUUGCAUUGUUUUGUAUUUUUUAUUGGAUUAGAAUGACGCUUUAAAUUGUUCUUUG